AUGGAGUGCAAGGUUAGAUUUUUAAAGCGACAAUAUUGUGCAGUCACUAAGAUGCUGAGUAAUGCAUGCAGUGGAUUUGAUUGGAACGACGAGUUCAAAUGUAUGGAAGUAGAGAAAGAGGUUUUCGAUUCCCAUCCCAACGCGAAGGGUUUGAAACACAAACCAUUCCUCUAUUAUGAUGAGCUUUCAAUCGUAUUUGGGAAAGAUAGGGCCACUAGUGAAGGCAGUGAAACCCCGUACGAUCAAGCAUCUGCAACAGAUGAACAUUUGGAGGAUAUUCGGUUGGGAUCACAGGUUAAUGAGCAACAAGAAAGUAUACCUGACAUGAACAUAACGACCGUUGAUGGGAUGAAUGAGGUUUUCCCAGAUACACCCAUCAGUAGGUAUACUGGAUCAAGUAACGAUAUGAGAGGAACGAAACGCAAGAGGACUCCCUUCCAAUCUGAAAUGCUUGACAUUGUAUGCAUAGCAAUGGACAUCCAGGAAAGUAAAAUGGAGAAACUUGUACAAUGGCAGAAAGAGAAAUAUGAAUUGGAGCUGAAGAGGCGUUAG